AUGGCAUAUAGUGCUCCUGUUGUAGGUGUAGCUCUUAUCGGUUUAAAUUAUUUAAUUUCUAUACAAAAUUCUUAUAAUGAGAAAAAUGGUCCUUUUGAAUGUGGUUUCACUUCUUAUCUACAAUCUAGAUCAGCUUUCAGUGUAGCUUUCAUUUUAGUUGCUAUCCUUUUCUUACCUUUUGAUUUAGAAAUAUCUUCUAUUUUACCUUUCGUUGUUAGUGCUUAUUCUAACGGUAUCUACGGUUUAUCUAUCUUACUUAUCUUCUUAUUAUCUUUAGUUAUCGCUUUCAUUUAUGAAAUAAGUUUAGGUGCUUUAGACCUUGAAAGACGUUUUAAACCUAUUGUAAAACCUUUAUUACAUAAAUUAUAUAAUUUAUAA